AAAAUUUUUUUUGCUUAAUUUUGCUUCAUUUUCAUAACAUGAACAUGCUACCAGAAGCUUGCUUGUCUGAGAUUCUAUCCCUUACAUCCCCAGAAGAUGCAUUCAGAUCAUCUCUAGUUUCGACGAGUUUCAGGUCUGCAACUGAGUCGGAUUUGGUCUGGGAGAGAUUUCUACCUUCAGAUUAUAGGGAAAUUAUCUCCAGAUUGAUUAAUCCUCUCAAGUUUUCCUCAAAGAAAGAGCUUUUCCUUAGCUUGUGCUGCCCUGUUCUCAUUGACGCUGGCACCAAGAGCUUCAAGUUGGAAAAAUCAUCUGGGAAAAAGUCCUACAUUUUAUCAGCAAGUGAGCUGUCCAUCACAUGGGGCAGUGAUCCUAUUCGUUGGGGAUGGAUAUCUAGCACAUCAUCAUCAAGGUUUUCUAAGGUAGCCGUGUUGAGAACAACAGAAUGGCUAGAGAUAAGAGGAAAGAUUAGAAUGCGAAUGCUAACGCCAAAUACUACAUAUGAGGCUUAUCUUAUAAUGAAAAUCUCUAAUUGGGCCUACGGGUUGGAUUCCAGGCCAUUGGUGAUGUCAAUUGAAGUAAGGGGACAAGUUUUUAGUCGAAAGGCUUUUCUGCAAAAACACGGUGGGAUCGAGAAAGAAGAGAUUGAAGGCGACUGGGGAGUGCUGAGGGGAAGAGAUGAUGGGUGGAUGAAGAUUAGGUUAGGAGGGUUCUUCAAUGGGGAAGACGAUAAGGAGGCGACAAUGAGUUUGAGGGAAGUCAAAGGUUGCCAACUUAAAGGUGGGCUUGUAAUUGAAGGCAUUGAAGUGAGACCUAAACAAUUAGGCUUAGCUAAUUUUGUGUUGUGAAAUUUUAGCAAUGGUUUCCUUUUUCUUGAAAGUUUGGAAUCCCCUAGUCACCUAAACAAUGAGGCUUACCUAAUUCUUUUAAUUCGAAUUUUAAUCAUCAUUCCAUUUCCUAUUUUCAAGAAAUAAAAUAAAAUAUAAUCAUCAUU